AUGCAAACUACCACCGACCAGAACCACACCGAGGAUCCGAGCUGCAUGAACAGGGUCGCAGUCGAGAACGGAUAUGCAGAUUGUCCUAGUCGGGCCAAAGCACAACACUCGCAGCAGCGUGAGAGCAGUGCGGGCUUCCACGCGCGUCUCCCAAAACGGUAUCCCGUCUACUGCGUAUCCGUAGGUAGUCACAGCGAUCCUCCGGGCAUCCCAUCCCCCUCCCUCGUCGAUUCGCAUGCAUCAGCGCCUACUGCUGUCUUCUGCACUUUGUUUGAAACGAGCCAAGGUCAGAUUGCCCAACGCUCUCGUCAUCCCCCAUUAUCAACCCGUCAAUCUAUAGUCGCUGAUCCUGUGUUGGAUGUGGAGGGGUGGCUGCGAUUGUUGACCAAACAACGCCGCGGAAUAAAGAAUCUCAGUAUGUACUCUGCAGAGCUCGAUGAUAAUGUGACCCGUCGCUCGAUGCAUUCCAAUCACAGCGGCUCCAAGCUUGCGUCCUUGGAAGAGCGGGCGGGAUCUCGCCCUGACCAGGCGCUAGGCUGGCUACGUGCCGGCAUCUUCCCAGCAGGCCCGAGUAUGGACGGCCAGGAGCCAGGAUCAUUUGGUGGGGGCUGCCACGCAUUGGCUGACCUGAGCUGGGCCGUUCAGAUUGACGCAGAUACUUCGUUCAUGGCCGUCACUCUGGGCCAACUGGGAGACGAGCGGUUGGCGGCGCAGCGCAGCGCAGAUAAGCAGACGCAACGUCGUGAGAGUCAUCUAUGGAAUUCUAAAUUGUCGGUGCGCUUGAUGAAGAGGACGACAGAGGGAAGCAUUGAUGGGCGCUUGGAGAUCCGCCAAAGUAAUCUAAUCAACGAAGCCGACAACGAGCCAAAUAUUGUAGGAUUUCCGGACAGCAUCUCGACUUUGAAAGAAAACGGUCAGGGCGACGAGUUCAAUGGCGGCUUGGUAAAGAAUUCUUAA